AUGACUGAUCACCGCGGGCAUCUGCCCAUUGCUCCAAACACGGGCGAUGACGAUGACGAGCACACUUCCGUGUCGCUACAAGAUUCCUCGAAAAAGCAGACCUUCCGGCGCCGUUCGCGUCGAGCUUGUCUCUCCUGUCGAGCCCGCAAAGUCAGAUGCGAUGUAGUCGUACAGGGCAUUCCUUGUGGCAACUGCAAGUGGGACGACACCGAGUGUGUCGUCCUCAACCGAAGACGCAAUCGCUACUACCACGGCACUCCUGCUGGACCAGAGAUUCUCCCGAAGAGUGAUGCAUCGACAAAAGCACCCAGUCCUCCCGCGCAAGCCACAACCGAACAAAUGGCCACAGGCCAUACGUCCCAGUUCAUCCAAUCCUCGGAUGGUACCAGCCCUCGAGUCUUUUCACCACGGCAUUCGCCCACUUACGAAACAGGCGGGCCGCUCUCUAUUCCCACUAUCCCAGAAUCGCCUGGUAUCCUUAACCUCCUUUCUACAACGCACAACUGCAUGGAGAACACAUUCAAUACCGCUUCAGGUAUAUCUUCUACGCCAGCAUCCUCAGGUUGGUCGAAUGAGAUGAUCUUUGGGCAAGUCGUAACAGGCACCGAUUCAUUCUCGAUCCCCAAGGAAAAUGCCCCCUCAAAGCUGCCGCCAUUUAUCGCACCUUUUUCGACGCAGAUCCCAGCCGAAGACUUGGCCUAUCUAUCUGCGAAAGGCGCCCUGAAACUCCCCGAAAAUACCCUUCAGACUGCACUACUUCGGUCGUACUUUGAUUAUGUGCACCCGUUCAUGCCCAUUCUUGACCUUGAACGCUUCUUGCGGUCCGUAGCAACUCAAGAGGGAGAACACGAUAGGACGAGCCUUUUGCUCUUUCAAGCAAUCAUGUUCGCCGGAACGGCCCAUGUCGACAUGGAUCACCUACGCAAAGCUGGGUUCCGCACGCGCAGACAGGCCCGCAAGACUUUCUUUCAAAGGACGAGGCUACUUUACGACUUCAACUGCGAACCAGACCGCUUCAUCAUCGUGCAGUCAUUGCUCCUCAUGUCGCUGUGGUAUGAGACGGCCGAAGACCAUCGCAAUGCAUGGCACUGGAUCGACGUGGCGAUAUCCCAAGCAUUCGCUGCAUGCCUGCAUCUGGAAGCAACCCCGACGAUAGACCCAUCGCAAGCACAGUUGCGCAGGCGGGUCUGGUGGGCGUGCCUCAUCCGUGACCGUCUCAUUUCCAUGGCCAUGCGCCGUCCUCCGCGCAUCAGAGACAGCGAUAUUUCCGUCAGCAUGCUCCAAGAAUCGGAUUUCUCGACCGAUUUAUCCCAUGUGCCCGAGAGUUGGACCGCGAUAUGCUCCUACGCGAAUCAACCCGCCCGGCGUCAUCACCUCGCACUCCUAUGCGUGGCCAUGGCUCAACUAUGCCGAUCCUUGCGCUACCAGGUGCCCAACCACUUCUCCAUUUUCGAGGAGAAGAGCAUCGGUGACGCGGUCCGAGGGUCUGUUGGUCCGACCGAAUUGAUCUUGCGUGAGAACGAGACAGAGGUUGCCUCCUGCCACGAAGAUCUCUUGGCAUGGUAUAGCAAGCUGCCAUCGCACUGCAGACACCGGCCCACAGGCUCAGUGACGGAUGCGGAGGACGAGAGCAUCGCCAUCCACUGCGCGGUGCUGCACAUGGUAUUCUACACCGCCCUGGCCGGGCUGUACCACGCGCGGUACGUGUCCCUCAUGAGGGCCGGGCCGGGACGCUACCUGUUCGAGUGCGAGAUGGCCAAGAUCCGCAUGCAGCACGCCGCCGCGCAGAUCUCGGACAUCGCCGGCGACCUGAACGACGCCGGGCUCGACCGCCUGCUGCCGUCGGCGGGCGUCACCUUUGUCGUCACGGCCGCCGUCGCCCACCUGCUGAUCGUGAAGCAGCGGGGCUCGGGCGACCGGGCCAAGGCCCUGAACGGCUACCGGCGCUGCAUGCGCGCGCUGCAGAACUUGCAGGACAUGUACGGCGCUGCCGACGUGGCCCGCGACGCUAUGGAGUGGGCGUUCUUAGACGAGACGCCCAGCCUGGUCGGCGACGUGUCGACAGCGACGCCCAUCUCGGGAACCGAGGCGUCGCCGCGUCCGCGGUUGGGAUCGACGUUCAGCGCUAGCGAGCCGGUCCCAGACCCGGAGUACACGUCCAUGGAGCCGAGAUUGGACACUGGGAGAGCAUUCGGAGAACUGGAUGGCGAGAAAAUGCAGAGCCCUUCGUUUCUGUUGGAUGGUUCGCAGCCUGAGCACGAUGAAUGGUAUGGAAACAACACGCAUGGAUUUGAUUCUUUGGACGAUGCUAUCACAGUACCAUGA